AUGCUCAACACGCUUAGCCGUCAGGAGGUAGAACGCCUUCACGAUGUCAGCAGAGGAGACCUAGCAGGUUUGCUGAGGCGCUGUUCCCUUGCGGUGCUAAACAGCGGCAGUAUGGGGGAUGAUCCCGAAGAGCUUCUUAGCAAAUAUGCAAAAUUCGAGAUAAAAGUCGAGCAGGUUAACCGCGGGCUUCGGUUACAGCUUAAUAAUGCGCCAGGUUCUGCAUUUGUUGACGGCGACAUUAUUGAGGGUAUUCGCGAGCUGUUGUCUGCGGUCAUUCGUGAUUUAGUUUAUUUUGAUAGUGAGAUCCAGGAUAACCCUCAUCACGAUAUAUCCAGUUCUGAAGGAAUUACCAACGCGGUGUUUGAAAUGCUGCGAAAUGCCCAAGCGCUGGUUCCGCAAGUCAGUCCGGAUAUGGUGGUGUGCUGGGGUGGUCAUUCUAUCGCCAGACGUGAAUAUGAAUAUACAAAGCGCUGUGGCUAUGCGCUUGGGUUACGGAAACUCAAUAUCGUUACCGGUUGUGGACCCGGCGCCAUGAAAGGUCCGAUGAAGGGCGCAUCCAUUGCACAUUUAAAACAGAGGGUCACUGCAGGUCGCUACAUCGGCAUAUCCGAACCUGGAAUUAUAGCGGCUGAGUCACCCAAUCCCAUUGUCACCGAGCUGGUCAUCAUGUCGGACAUAGAAAAGCGGCUGGAGGCAUUUGUACGCCUCGGUCACGGCAUUGUGGUUUUCCCCGGGGGCGUCGGUACUACAGAAGAAAUCCUCUACAUACUCGGCAUUCUCCUCAACCCACAGAACCAGGACUUGCCCUUUCCUCUCGUAUUCACCGGCCCUGCUGAAUCCGCCAGCUACUUCCAACAGAUAGACAAGUUUAUAAAACUGACACUCGGAGAUGAAGCUGCGGACUUAUAUAAGAUCAUUAUUGAUAAUCCUGAAAAAGUUGCAAAAACAAUGGCGCAGGGGCUCGAUGAAGUCAGGAAAUGCCGCAUCAAAAGAAACGAUGCGUUUUACUUUAACUGGCUGUUGCAGAUCGACCACGCAUUCCAGAUGCCGUUUCAUCCUAACCAUGAAAAUAUGUCGCAAACCCGGAUCGAGCUCGAUUUACCCAAGCACGAACUGGCGGCAAAUUUGCGGCGGAUUUUUUCCGGGAUUGUCGCCGGCAAUGUUAAACCGGAAGGUCUUGCUGCGAUUCGGCGACACGGCCUGUUCGAAAUCACCGGCGGCCAGGAAAUAAUGACCGCAUUGGAUCAACUGCUGGCGGAUUUUGUCCGUGACAAUCGAAUGAAGCUUCCUGGUGAAACUUCAUAUAAACCUUGUUAUCGGGUAAACAGCCUCACCUGA